AUGAUGGACAUUGAACCAACCACAAGCGGUCAGUUUGAAACGAGAAGCCGUUUUGCUCCAGAUGAUGACAUAGAAGUGAGAAAUCAGUUUCAGCUAGACACGACAAGUCAUCCGCGUCCUACUGAGGAUCGCUCAGAGCGGCACUUGAGACGGCCCUUGGAACCAUCGGAGCCGGACCCCAGGACAGAGGAUGACUAUACGUUGAUCGACAUCCUCGGGGAUGGCCAUUUAGAUGAUAGAGCGAAAAGCAUUUUUCUAUCUCUACCCCAAGAAGUGAAGUCAGCAGGGUUUGAGCGGGUGGUAGAGGAAUUGAGAAGAAUUCUAGCUAAUGACUCUAUGGCAGGAGAUCUUCGGAUCUCAAGAAGAAGAGCUAAGACCGAUAAGUAUAGCUGGAAAAGAAGGCUAUGGGCAUAUGACCCUAAAAGAGACCACACGGUGACGGAAGGAAGACCUCCACAAGAUAAAAUAAGAGUGGAGGCAAGGCCAAAAGGCACUUCGCUUAGAGGAAAAACUGAUACAGUAACAGAUGCGACGUUUCAGACGGGAAAGUCGCCAGUGCAAAAAGGACCCUAUGAGGUUGUUGAGACAAGACAGAAAAGCAGCACGUCCGCGGAUCAGAGAAAGUGCUACAGCUAUAGUAGGUAUGGACACAUCGCGAAAGAUUGUCCAUACAGGCGAACACAGGUGAAGCAAGUGGGGCAGGUAAACAAGACGCCCGAGCAAAUGCGUGAUAAGAUGAGCCUAAGUGAAAUUAUCGACAACGCAAGAAGUUUAGGACUGAAGACCAGGGAAGAAAACGCCCGUGAACCCUUAGUUGGUAAGAAAUUUUCAGCUUGCAUUACAAUGUUAGGCAUGAGACUUCCCGCUAUCCUCGAUACGGGGUCAAUGAUUGGUAUAAUACCGGAGUACCUGGUGGGAGUGCUGGUCAAGGCGAAGAAAGCAGGGUUUGAGCUAAGGCCGGGUGGGAGCUGCAAGGAUACCAGUGGCAUUGGACAAAGGUAG